AUGAAAACGGAUGUAAUGUUACAGAAACAGAACGAGGAAACCCUACGCAUACAGCGCAUCAGAGAGCGUAAGCUGCACGAGAAGGAGAUGAAGCAUAGACGUGGUGAGUUGGAGAGUAUCAUCACACAGCUCAAUGCCGAGUGUGGGGCGCGAUUCUCGAAUCCGGAUAAGAACCUGCACUUCUUGGGCAUAGUCAAGGUCUUUUACACACGCGGUGGUAUGGACGAAUCCAAGAGCAUUAUCGUCACUAAUCAAAUGACCUGCCUGCAGGUGUGGCA